CACCUGAACCCUUUGCGUUCGUGCUGAAGAUUUACCGACUUUCCGCGAGGAGCUCUCAGAGGAUAAAAGCAGCAUUAAUGGCUGGGGGUUUCAGACCUCAGAGGAAGCAUCACCUGCCUGUGACCUGAAGAACCCGGUUCAGCAAGAGCUGCACUGCUCAGGGCUGUGUCCUGCCUGCUGUGCCUGCUGCCACUCAGCACUGCAGCUUGCCCAGGGACUCGCUAGUAGAGGAUGCAGUAGAGGAAAAGCAGGAGAGAGAGUUUUUCCGGAACACACCUCACUUCCGAACUGCUCUGAGCCGUGCUGACAUGGAGGGACCUGCCUCGGUGCUGUGCCUGAGGACUUGCUGCAUAAAACACUGCAGUCCACUCCGUGUCACCGAAAACCCGCCCGAGCUGGGGCAGUCCCAGCUCUCCAGGAGCUGCAGUUGCUCUCACGGGGUGAUGAAAAAAGGGCAGUCGAACACUGCCAGCAAGUGUGCCUUGCCCAUCAUCCCAGAAUACCCAGGCUUCCAGGAUGUUAAGCUAUCAAGAAGUUACGUGGGAAUUCCAGCCUUCAACCAACUUUUCCAGGAUUUGGGAAGAGGAAAGGACUCCUCAUCCCAACCGAAGGACUUUUCAAGGAGACCUUUGCUCGUCCAUUGCUCGGGGAGCUGCCGGAGGGGCUCCUUGGAAGGCCCCCUGACCACCAGCACCGGCUUCCAGGACAAACCCCUGCAGGAGUACUUCAACGAGAGGCUGAUGGAGCUGGGGAACUACGGGAGCAAGUGGUCUAAGAGGAGAACAGGAGUGUUUGCAGAGCAGACCCAGCGCAGGAGCAGCUGCAGCGCUGCGGUGGGGCCGGGGCACGGGCAGGACGAGCCCUGCGUGCCAGCACACCAGGACAGCCCCAAAGGGAGCGAGUGUUACUGCCAGGACAAAAUCCAGAACGUCCUGAAGCUCUACAAGAGCGACUGCCUGGACGUUCUGACGAUGCACAUCACUGCCCCCCUGGAGGCGUUUGUGCAAAGGAAAUGACAGCUGCAGCCCUGCAAAAACUGUUCCUGUUCAGCACCAUCAGUUCAGUUCAGAUAUGUCAGCCCCCUGACACAGAAAGGUGCUUGUCUGGGGGAGGAAAUACCCUCUUGCUUUGUGUUCUUGAUGAACAUCGCAUAGAUUUGUUUUCGACCAUUUUCUGCAAAGAAUCAGCAUAACCAGCCCAUAGGUGUGUGACUCAUGGCAGUGCUCUAAAUGCAUGCAUGUAUUAGUGAAAUGCUUAGAUGGCCUUAAAAAAGGUGAUAAAUGUCAGAGGAGUAGCUUGUUUCCUCUUGUGGAGUUUGUGUUAGUUAAUGGGAAGAAAGAAUGUUGUGUUCUGCCCAGUUACUUUGCUUGUUUUAAGCCUCUUGGUUUUAUCACUGUGACCCAACUAAUUUAUGGUCUUGCUAUGACUUAUUUAUGACAAGAUGCAAAUAGUUGAUGAGAAAUUAUUGGUUUUCACUCGUUGUAAUCUCCAGGUGGAUCACUGUAAGAGCUCGACACGUGAAGAAGCAAACACAGACAGAAGAUUUGCUUUUAAAUAUGAUCAGCUAUUAUGGUUUCAUUUGCAGACUCAAAAACCUUUGAGUUAAAAACCACCACAAGGACAAAGAGGAAAAAAAAUGCUAGAUUAGAGUUAGAAUGAUGGAAUUAAGUAUGAAAGAAGGCUCCUUCCUGCUUUCCUACUGUAAAUAUGAGAACAACAUAGCAAAUUCCUAAUGUAAUCUGAACUUUGAGUUGUUUACUGGAUUAGUAUUUAUUGUGGUCAUGUAAGUACACAAUGUCUGCUGCAGCUGAAUCUUUUCAUUAUGGGAAAUGUCAGUGUUUAAUUCCACAGCACAAUGACUGAAUACCAGACCCAAAGUGGGGCAAUGAUUUUAAGCUUCCAGAAAGAUCUACUGCUGCCUGUGGUAUCAUUGGCAAUAAAUUCAUUACA